AUGAAUGAGGAGCAUGUUCCACCACACAACGACGAGUUCAAGGACGCGAUGGAGCCCGAAAAGACGGACGCAGAGAAAGAGAAGGACCGCUGGGACGACACCACGAGAACACCCGAAAAGACCGAGGAAAAGCCAGCAGCGCAAUCCCUCUCCAAAGAAAAACCCCCUGCCAAGACCGACACCGACACCCCAAAAGACGUCCCACCCAUUUCAAAGUCACUAACAAAAAUCCCCGAUCCCUUCGUCAAUGCAGCCCUCGUCAUGCUCGUCCGCAACGAAGAACUCCACGCUGCCCGCUACGCCAUGCGCCAAGUCGAAGACCGCUUCAACCGUCGUUACGGAUACCCCUGGGUCUUCCUAAACGACGUCCCCUUCACCGAAGAAUUCAAAACAAUGACAUCCGGCAUCGCGUCUGGCAAGGCUCACUACGCACAAAUCCCGAAAGAACACUGGAGCAUGCCCCAAUGGAUCGAUAAAUCUGAAGCCCGGAAACGCAUGAAGAAGAUGGGCGAGGAGGGCAUUAUCUACGGCGAAUCCGAAUCAUACCGCCAUAUGUGUCGUUUCAAUUCUGGGUUUUUCUACCGUCAGGAGGUGAUGCAACAAUUCCGGUACUACUGGCGCGUCGAGCCUUUCGUCGAGUAUUAUUGUGAUGUGGUGGAGGAUCCUUUCCGAUUCCUCGCCGUCCAUAAUAAGACGUAUACCUUCACCAUGGCACUAUACGAGUACGAAGCCACCAUCCCGACACUCUGGGAAGCUGUCCGGGAAUUCGCGAAGAAACACCCUGAAUACAUCCAUCCGGACUCAGCUAUCCAAUUCCUCACCGACACGCCCGGCGCGGGACUUUCAGGCCCGUAUAACCUCUGCCACUUCUGGUCCAACUUCGAAAUCGCCGAUCUUGAAUUUUUCCGCGGAGAAGCGUACGAGGCAUUUUUCGCCUUCCUUGACCGCCGCGGCGGAUUUUUCUACGAGCGAUGGGGUGAUGCACCUAUCCACUCCAUCGCAGCCGCCUUAUUCCUCCCACGUUCGGCUAUCCAUUUCUAUGAUUCGAUUGGAUAUCGGCAUGCGCCGUACACGCAUUGUCCACAGGAUCGGGAGAGUCAUGAUAGUGGGCGGUGUAGUUGUGAACCUGGGAGUACGUUCGAUUAUGAUGGGUAUGGGUGUUUGGAACGGUGGUUGAGGGUUGUGGAAAUGGAGUAUCCGGCUUGGCCGGGGUUGGCGAGGAGUCCGACGGUUGAGAUGAUUAGGGAUAAGGGGUUGUGA